AUGGCCAUGAAGCUGCUAAAACUCCUCUUCAUACUCUCCAUCACCACCUCCAUUGUUUCUGCAGCAUCGAGUGCCAAUGAAAACAACGAAGACAACUCCAUUGUUGGAGCAGCAUGGACUGCUGAUGAAAACAAGGAAGACUCAGCUGUGGAAAGCCACUUAGCAUUGCCUGAAGGCGAAGAAACAACUUCUUCAAUUGGGACUAGUGACUUCAGGUUGCAGAACAAGUACUUGAUCUGUGAUAAAUUUCCACAGAUUUGUCGUCGGAAGUCCACCCCUGGUCCAGAUUGCUGUCAGAAGAAAUGCGUAAACCUAACGAAGGAUCCAAAUAACUGUGGAGAGUGCCGCCGCAAGUGCAGACACAACUAUAUAUGCUGCAGCGGGCAUUGCGUGAACCCCUAUGUCGAUCCAUUGAACUGCGCACUCCAUGCUGCUCCAACAAUGGAGUUGUCUUCGUUGUUUUCAUUGGCACUCGAUGCUGCAGAAACAAUGGAGGUGGUGAUGGAGAGUGUGAAGAGGAGUUUUAGCAGCUUCAUGGCCAUGAAUGAAGAGAAGCUGUGA